AUGUGAAAGCAUUUUUUCCUGAUAAAACCUCAGGUUACUGGUUUCUCCACUGUAGCGUUCCGUUGGAGUGUGUCUCGUGUGUGAGAGGAGAUUUCGUCUUCACAGAGUGUGUUUGAGAGGGAGAAGAUUUCUCUGAUUUUGUCAGUCGACAUGGAUCGUCUGUACAGAAGGCUGGCAGUGACUCUUCUCCUCUUCUCAUUCAUCUCUUUCUCCACUCAGAAAACGUCCGUCUCCUGGUGUGUGGUGUCUGAGGCAGAGGAGCAGAAGUGUCUGGAUCUGGCUGGGAGUGCUACAGCCCGGAAUAUCAGAGGAACGCUGCUGUGUGUCCGUGGCCAGAGUCCCACAGACUGUAUGGAGAAGAUCAAGAAUGGUACAGCAGAUGCAGCAGCCAUGUUUGCUGAUGACAUCUACACAGCCGGCUGGUGCUUUGGACUAGAACUGGCUGCUGGAGAGUCUUACAACGGACUGGAUGGUAUCAGCUACUAUGUUGUAGCUCUGGCUCGUCGCUCCUCCAGUGACAUGUCCCUGUUGGAGAUGCAUGAACGCAGCUCCUGUCACCCAGGGAUCUGUACCACGGUGGGCUGGACUGUUCCUAUUGGCUUCCUGGUCAACACCUCACAGAUCAGUGUCGAUGAACAAUGCAACUUUCCUAAAGGUGAGACCUGUGUGUGUGUGGGGGGGGGUGUGUUGUGUUGUGUUGCCCAGACUCUUUGUGUAUUGUUGGUGUCAUUGUGUGUCCCUCCAGCGGCGGGGGACUUCUUUGGCUACAGCUGUGUACCAGGAGUAAAGGGACACUGGUGUGUGGCUGAGAAUUUGGGCGAUGUGGCAUUUGUCAAACACACCACCAUUUCUGACAACAUGGAUGGCAACAAUAUGGAAUCAUGGGCCAUGGACCUGGAACUGGAGGACCUGAAGCUGCUGUGCCCGGAUGGCAGCGAGGCCGGGCCAUUUGACCAUGAGACGUGUCACCUGGCUGUGGUACCAGCUAAAGCUGUGGUGGUACGCCUCGAGGACAAGUGUAGAGUCUGGAAAUACCUGGAACGCCUACAGAAUGUGUUUGGGAACACCACCAUGUUCAGCUCAGUGGGCUACAUCCAAUCAGAUCUCCUGUUUUCUGACUCCACCCACCACCUGCUCAGGGUUGUGGGUAGUUACACUUCCUGGUUGGUUCCUACAUACACCACGGUCCUGCAGGCCUUCGAGUGUGAAAGUAAGAGAGUGGAGAGAGAGAAAGAGACACAGUGUGGUUUCAUUCUUUCAUGUCUUGUGUUUCUUCCCACAGGUUUGUGCUGAUCCUUCUAGAAAGAAAUCAACCAGCAUCCUCUCCAUCUCUCCCCUCACUAUCUCUCCACAUCUUUCUUUCCCUCCCUCCAUAUCUUAUCCCCCUCCCUCCCUUCAUGCCCCUCUCCCUCCCUCCCUCC